GACGAGCCGAACAAUGGAAUAAAUCGUUAUAUCCUGCUAAGUGGAUUUUACGAGGAGGAUCUUCUACCAAAUCUAGCACAAAUAGGCGUACCUGUCGACUGCGUGUUCAAAGUGUCGGCAGAAAAGGGAAAGGCAUGUGACAAAUUUGAAGCGGCUAUCUUGAGGAAAGAAGUCGAAUUUUAUCAUCCAGCUCCAGCCGAUAGCCGAGUUUCAAAUGUGUCUCAAAAAACGCAAGCCAUUACACCAAGUUUGUUAACGUCCUUCUGGAAAGGAACUAGCAAGCUUUUGUCGGAAGAUACAAGAGAACAAAUGAAGAACGUGACGAUUCUCAACUUUGUCGUUCCAGAAAGCCAGAUUCCAGGCAACCUAUGUGAUGUCGCGAUGGUGACAGCGCAUCAAUGGAAAUUAUGA